UGAAGAAAUCCCCUGGGCUAUUUCUCGGCAAGCCUCGUCACUCCCCAACUCCGCCUCGAAGCCGAUUCACUCGUCGAAGGAGGAGGAGGAGACAUGGAAGAGGGAGCGAGCGGCACGGUGACCUCGCUGGCGUCGAUGUUCCCGGCGGACGAGGCUCGGAAGGCGGCGGCGCGCGUGCAGGGCGCGAUCGCCGAGAAGCGCCGGGAGCUCGACCGCGUCAGGGGUUUCGUCGCCGACAACGCCGGCCUCGUCGGCCUCGUCCAGAAGCUCCCCGAGGAGCUUCACCACGAUGUCAUGGCAUGUUCCCCAAUUGCUCCUAACCCGCCUCCGCCUCGUGCCUUUUCUUUUAGCUUCAUCGCGCCGAUCGGAGCUUUGCGUUGUGCUCAGGACCGGCUGGAUUACGUGCUCGUUGUGAUUUUCUUGCUGAAUUUGGUUCCUUUCGGAAAAGCUGCAUUUUUCCCUGGCCGUCUCAUCCACACCAAUGAAUUCACGGUUCUGUUGGGAGAAGGUUACUAUGCCGAGAGGACAUCCAAACAAACGGUCGAAAUCUUGAGAAGAAGAGGGAAAGCUUUAGAAACCCAUGUGGAUUCUCUUAAGUCGAUGAUUGAGGAUCUGAAAACUGAGGCCUUGUUUUUUGACAGGACAGCUUCUGAAGCAGCUGAGGGUCUUGUGGAGAUAAGGGAAGAACUUUCUGGGGACGAAUCUGAUGAAGAAGCAUCUGAAUCGGGUCGAAAAGAAGAUGCUCCUAGCAUCUCUGCAAAAGACAAGGGGAAAGUUCUAAACGAAGAUGACGAAUAUGUUCGCCUUAUGGCCAAAUUGGAGGAACUUGAGAAGGAAGAACUUGCAGCUGAGGCAGCAGACAAUAUUGAAGAAGAGACAAAUGCAGUUGAUCCAGAUGUAGUCUUGGGGCAAAGUUCUUUCGAUCAAAAUCUAAAAGAUUUGGAGGGGUCUCAUUCAUUUAUAAUUCCAAGCCACUCUAAAGAUGGACAAGCAAGUAAUGAAGAAUUCUUGAGUCGAAAGCGACAACAACCAGCUCUACUGGAGAAAUUAAAUCCCAAUGAUCUCACAAUCGCAUCUUCUCAAAAAGACAAAACCUCUCAUGGGAAACACCCAUCACAGAAUCUAAAAGGUCCCAAUGUUGCAGACAAGAGUCUGAAGUUUCCUGCAUUAGAGGAGAAUGAUCAUGCAGGAUCAUCAAAUAAUGAGGUCUCUAUUCAACCUUCUAAACCAAAAGUUGAUAGUCUCAGGGCAUUUACUGGCUCUAUCAUUGAGCGUUCCCCCAAUCUUCCAAUUAAUCCAGGGGAGCCCUCUGCAACUUCAUCACAGGUUCCUGGCUCUCAAUCUUCAAAACCAAUGUCCAGAUUCAGAAUGCAAAGGAAAUAGAUGCCGGUGCAGCUUCUUUAAGUAUGUUUCAUCUCAAGCAGCUUCAUGGAUGACAGAGUUUCAAGUGAAGUGUUCGAGGAUGUAGAGCAUGCAGUGUUUUGGACUACACACAAGUGAUUCAUCGCUUUGGCCCACUGGUGCUUCGUUUCUGAUCAGUCUUUGGCUGGUCAUUGAGAAAAUGCAGUUUGACAUGGAAGCUGGACAUACUGCUUGUGUCUCUAGUUUGAGGUCCAGCUAUGAAUUAUAAGAAUGUGAUCCAGAGAGAGAGAGAGAGAGAGAGAGCUUAGUUCACGCAUAAUGACCAUAAUAACUGGAAAUGUGCGUGAGUUGAUCAGACAUUCCUUGGAAAGAUAACGCAUCCUUUGCAAAUUUGCGAUACUGAUUAUAAGUACCAGGAACAGUUGAAUGUUAGAAAGCCUUUUGCCUGUAUACAACUGCAUAUCAUAAAGAA